CCGUCAUGUCCCACGGUUCCUGAACGCAGCGUCUCUCUCGGGUACAGGAUGUGGACUAUCUGCGCAUGUGCGUGACCCGAGCCUCUUCUGAAGCAGAGUCUGGUUGAACCGGGGGGAUCCGAACCAUAACAGCGACUAAAAGUUGGAGCCAUGUCAGGUUUUCUGGACGGAAUCCGGUGCGGAGACUGCGAGUGUAAUGUGGACUGGGGCGAGAGGAGGAACACCAUCGCAUCUGUAGCAGCUGGAGUGCUGUUCUUCACUGGUUGGUGGAUCAUCAUCGACGCGGCAGUGAAAUAUCCUGAUCAAGGAGAGUUUCAUCACGCCUACCACACUUGUGGAGUCAUUGCUACAGUGGCUUUCCUCAUGAUAAAUGCCGUUUCAAAUGGACAAGUGAGAGGAGACAGCUACAGUGAAGGCUGCAUUGGACAGACGGGUGCACGAGUGUGGCUCUUCAUUGGCUUCAUGCUGGCUUUUGGUUCUCUCAUCGCCUCCAUGUGGAUUCUGUUUGGAGGAUUUGUGGUGCCUCAGAAGCCUGUCGUGUACCCGGGUAUUGCCGUCUUCUUCCAGAAUGCAUUCAUUUUCUUUGGGGGUUUGGUCUUCAAGUUUGGACGCACAGAGGAUCUGUGGCAGUAAUGGACUGCGUGUCUUUAUGCCAACCGUUCUACACGUUGCUAUCUAUAUUGUAUGAGACAAUAUGCUUCCCUUUAUAUAUAUAUCAAAAACUUUUUUAGCAUUAAAAUUGACAUGUUUAAUUUAAACCAUUUGCUGUAUAAUAGCUAAAUCAUAACUAAGCACAAAUUGUAAUAGAAUCAUUGUAAGUUUAAGUAAUUUCAAAUGUGGCAAAUUGUUAAAUGUAGCCUAGUUAGAAUGGUUUACAAGUUGUGUAUAACAAAAUGUGUGUUUUGGAAGAUUAACUGCUCUGAGUUGUCUAUGUUUCCUUUGGGUACACUGACCGCUACGAUGUCAUUUAAUUAGAACUGUUUAUUGAGUGGAAAUAACAUAAGUUAUUAUGAUACAAAAUAUAUCAAGAGCCAUGUUUCAAAAUACUGUACACAUACACACAUACCGAAUGUAACCAUAUUGGGUUGUUUGUAAACACUGUCAGCUCUGAACAUCAUCCAAAUUUAUUGUUUUAUUUCACUGCUAUACUUACUCAUAUACAUUUUGCUUGUGUAACAUCCAAGGUUAUUUCGUGACAAAUAUGACAAAAUUAAACAAAAACCUUCUGAACAAUAAAUGACCUACAUUCAU